CAUUCCCUCUUUUCUGAAGAGCGCCUAUAUAGGAUGGGGGCGUCCCGCCACCCUCCCUCGGGCGCUUCUGUCGCUCACUCUGCGAUCUAUCUUGCUGCGAGCCUUCCUUCCCUCUACGCCAUCUAUCUUCUGCCCUCUCACAUAAUGCUUUCUAUCUUUGCGAGUGCGCAGGCAGCCACCACCAACCCGGCGACCAGCUCUAGACAACGAUUGUCCUCGCUUGCCACCGGUCUCGGUCACUCGCUCGACUCUGCGAAUGUGUUCCCGACGCUCCAGUCCUCGUCAUCGCUCUCUCCGGAGCUCGUAGCGACAUGUACUCUCGCUGCAAUCUUCCUCCUGACGACAGUCGUAUGGCGUUUCGUUGGUCCUGCCUCCUUUUUCGACCAAUUCCGUUCCAAAGGCAAGAAGCAGAAAAAUAAGCAUGCUCUGCCUACGCCACCCAUCGUUCGAAUUCCACGCGAGAUUCAGCUGUCCGAAGCUGGCCAUGCGGCAUACAAUCGGGCUCUCGACGAGCACGGUGACGUCGUCAUCAUCCCUCGACACGGUCGCAUGGAAUACGUUGUGGACCAUCAUCACGUUCGUGAUGUCUUGACCGACGCAAAUAGCUACAGCUUUGAAAAGGCUGUCACCAAUAUGCUUCACAUGGAGUUCAUGCUUUGGUUCAAAAACGGGACGUUUGUACAAGAGCUUGACAAGCUCGUUCAGGACGGCGUCACCCCAAGGCUUCGAGCCGUAGUCGAGAAGAUUGCGCCUGUGUUUUCUCAAGAGGCGCAAGACGUGUUUGCCAAGCAGGGCGGAGGUGAUUCUAUUGACCAAGUGGAGAUUCCCGACAUGUACGAGUGGAUCCACCAUUCCAUUGCCCGAGCCAUGGUGAUUCUCAUCCUCGGCGAGCAAUAUCUUGACGAGGACAUGACAAAACGGUUCAUGGAUGUCGUUGUGGCCGUCGCCAAUCUGAGCGGCAUCUACGAAAAUACACGAGGCUGGCGCUACCUGCCCUGGCUCUGGUCGCUUAAGACCACGCUCGGUGCCAUCUUCCUCACCGUCGUUCCUCGCUUCUUCUUCGGCAUCCUCCCUCGCAUGUAUGCCAACAAAGAUAACCAUCUCAAUCACGGUGUCGACGUCGAGAAUGACGAGUACGCACCCUUCUUUGAUCUUCUGGCCGCCAAACAUCGAGACCGCAAGACAGGCCGGCUCUCUUUCCUCAACUUUGUCUGGUGCGCCGUCGUCUGUCUCGGCAUUAUCUUUGCCAGCAUCCACCAAACGGCAGUCGUCGCCGCCUGGUGCGUCAUGAACCUUGCCAAGAGGACCGAGUACCAAGCCGAGAUUCGGGCCGAGAUCGAAUCGUGCUUGGAGCAGGACGCUGACGGUAACCGUCAAUUGACUGUCGAGUCGCUCCGUCGCGCCGAGAAGCUCGAUUCGUUCAUCCGUGAGACAAUGCGGACAAAAGGCGACGUCUUUGCGCCCGUGCGUUUCACCGUCAGAGACGUCCGGGUCGGGAAAUACAUUAUCCCAAAGGGGGCACUGGUUGCACCCUACGUCAAGCGAGCUCACGAGCAUGCCGACAACUACGGUGACCAGGGCAAAAUCUUCGACGGGCGUCGAUGGGUCGGGGAGCGACCGGCGGUGCAAGGCAGCCACGACUUUAUUUCGUUUGGACUUGGACGUUGGGCAUGUCCCGGCCGACAUUUGGCAGUUGCUGAACUCAAGAUGGUUGUGGCGACACUCUUCGACGCCUAUGACGUUACCCUGAAAGACGGCCACUUCGAAGCGGCAGACCCCAUGAAUGCUACCAGCGUUGCACCAGCUGGCAUCGUUCAGCUGCGCAAGCGCCGUUGAAUCCAGGUUUUUGACACCGGGCCCUUCCUUACCUAUUCGACCCCUUUCGUUGACAAUAGAGAUCAUCGGUCCUUCUUUACCUACUCGACCCCCCUUUGUUGACAAUAGAGACUAUCGCUUGUACGUCUGAUUCUCUUUCUUGUACGUCUGAUUCUCUUUCUUGUACGUCUGAUUCUCUUUCCUGUUACUCUAAGGCAGCCAACGCAUC